AUGGAACAGCCCUUGAUAUCUCACAGUCGCAUCCACCCGUUCGCACCCACUUCCCCGAGUCGGUGUUCACUUUUGGCAAGGCUGUUUAAUAGUCGUCGCAGUGCUGGUGGACGGGCUGGCAGAGGUGCUGCGAUGGACGACGGUGAAGCAUGAUUGGCUGGGGAAACAAUGUAGAGUACAACGAUGGGGCCGGCGGAGGUCUGCCCAAGCGUGUAAUGGUGCGUCACGAUGUGUCCAUUGGUUGGUAGGUCGUAAUGGCCCACGUCCUUCUGGAGCACCACCGCUGCCUGUUCGGCGUCAACACGCUGCGUCAAUGCAUUGAUGUUUGCUCUGGAAAGCGUCAAGAUUCGCCCGUAUUCAUGUUCGCUCAUCUCGCGCUAACGGCGAGUGUGGGGGCGGAAAUGCUGGUGAAGUCCGAGUUGAGUGUGCACACCAUAAUGUUGAGGCCAACCCUCAAGCACAGAUGUGCCUCUUCUUUAGACAGCUGUGACCGCCCAUCUCCUCCCUCAUCAUCACGACACCACCUUGUCGCGGUAUCCAUGUGGGACGCUCCGCGGCGUUACAGCAUCGUCGUACUGCUGUGCUCUUGUCCAUCGGUUGCGGCGCUGGUGGGUGUGUUUAAGACCAUUCUUCCCUGACUUGCGACACCGAAGUGAUUCUUCACUGUCUCUACGCCAAUGUAUCCUUGCCCGCUAGACGUGGCGCCGGGAUGCAAAUCGGUGACGAUGCUGAUAGGCUAGGUCACUGCGACUCCCGAAGACGUCGAU